AUGGCAAGUACUUCGGCGCGGACCAUCGGCCAAAAAGAUCAUGGGGAUUACAUCAGUCUCUUGCCCGAUUGCCUAAUCCAUCAUAUCUUCUCCUUUUUGCCCACAAGGGACGUCGUUAAAACUUGUGUUUUGUCGAAAAGGUGGCAGUCUAUUUGGACCACUAUCUCGAAUCUCAAGUUCUCUGUCUCUUCUUACGAUGAUUCAUUUGUGAACAGGGUUUUGACACUAUAUAUGUGGCCUAAGGUGGAAAAAUUCCACCUUGAUAUCAGAUCAAAGUACUUCUACCCCUUUAAGAUUGAUUUAUGGGUUCACUUUGCGAUUGAUCAUGAUGUGGAAGAACUUCUUCUCAACUUGAAUUGGUGGGCGUAUUACACCUUGUCUCCUUUGCUUUACAAUUGCUCCUCGUUGACUAAGCUGUGUUUGACUGGCUGCCAUUUCUCAUCCAGCCAAAGAAUUAGUUGGAGUUCGCUUAAGUCCUUGUCCAUUCAAAACAUGAAAGUGAGUGAUGAUGUGCUUCAACAAAUUUUUAUGGGCAGCCCUGCUAUUGAAUACUUGAAUUUGAAAAGAUGCUGGGGUGUGGAAAGAAUUUGUUCAAGAAGUCUGAAGGAGUUGGUGCUUGAUGAUGUUAAUGUGGAAUUUCCUUUGGAGACUUUUUCUCCCCCUUUGGAAAUUUGGACUCCCCGUUUGCUGUCAUUGCGUGUGAGGGGAUAUAUUUAUGAGAUAAUAAGAAUUCUUGAAGCAUCUUCAUUAGUCGAAGCCGAAUUAGAUUUCGAUUCAGCCGAAUUAGAUUGCUCCUUCCUAAAGGAAAGUCUUGGCAAGUUGCAGAAUGCUACCCGAAUUCAACUUGGUGCUUGGUGCAUUUGGGUUAUGGGGCUUCUGAAGGUAGAAGACGUGCAGUUUUCAUUGUCAAAUUGCAAGUCUCUCACGCUACACAUGACCAUCCCCCAAUUUAGCUUUCCUGCUAUAGCAAAUAUGCUAGCAACUUCCCCAAAUUUGGAGAAGCUGGAUGUAUUUGACAGAGACUACCGCAACGUUGAUCACCAGAGCUCUUGGCAUAUAAAGAAGUUCCAAAGUUGGGCUCAGCAUCUCCAGAAUUUUGAGAUUUUUGGAUUUUAUGCUUGUUUAAGAUUCAAAUAUGAGGAAGUGCUCAUGUUGGUGAAGUAUCUGCUUGGACAUGCAUCUGUGCUGGAAAACAUGGUCAUCAACAUAACUUCAUGCAAGUUGCUUGAAGUGGCCCGACUAAUUCAAAGUUACGACAGGGCUUCUGAGCAUGCUGCAGUUAUACUCAAUUGUCUGGAAGAUGGGCUCGGAAAGCAGCGGCAUGAAGGAGGCAGAGUAACAACAAAAUGUCUGUGCAUUGACAAUAAGUAUGCCUGA